AGUUGGGAGCCGGUUCCCCAUCAGGCACCGGCCAUGUGGUCCAAUGAUGGCACGCUGGUACUGUCAGCGGAAAACCGUCGACCGGGCUCGCCCGUCCCCAAGGAACCGACGUUCCCGCCGAGUAGCCGGAGGUGAUGGCUUGUUGUUAACGUGCAGAACGCCCACUUGACGAGGGGCGCAACAUAGCAAUCAUGGUUCCCCGUCAUCCCAUAGCCGUUGCAGUUUUGCAAAGUCGAUUGCCAUCGUACCUUUAUCGACCUCGCCCAAAUUCAUACCAAGACAUUCGUUCAAAGCGAUGGCCACCGUUUCCCGAGACCUUCGAGACACGGACGGCGUGCGGAGGAGAGAGGCAUCACCUCGGCCAGAUCGUCGACGCCGGCCAAGGCUACUGAGAGCCAGCGCGACGGAACCUACCAUCACAACAACAUCAAAUGCCAGCCGUGGCGCUAUAUCGAGCCCGCAAUCGUCGCAAAGGGCCACUGAACUCCUCAGCCGCGUUGCCGUAUACUCGGGUCAUCCUCCCGAGUACUCGCCGACGUCGGGGGCCACUCCCCAUAUGACGGCCAUCGAGAACAUCAAUCUUGUUCGUAGACUGUCACGAUGCCAGCAUUCGACGAUCAAAUUACUGAUACCAGUGUGGCCAGACUCGAACGGCUAUUUCAGCUUUCCCAACUUUGAUGCUUGGGAUGGAGAACGGCGCAGUGAUGAUAAGGAAGAAGACGUAUAA